UGCAUUAAUAUAUCUCUUUUAUGAUUUAUUAUAUAUUACUCAUUUCAGGUCUUUUCAACCAAGAAGGUAGGCUAUUGGGCUCCUCAAGCAGUCCGAUACAAAUAUGGAAGGAAGGAGACUGCAUUGAGCAAUCAUCUACAGAUAUCUGGCAUGCUGUAUGUGCAGCUGUUAAAACAGCUUGCUCUUCAGCAGAUGUUACAGCUGAGGAAGUUGUUGGUUUAGGAUUUGCAGCAACUUGCUCUCUUGUUGCUGUUGAUGCAGAUGGAUCUCCAGUUUCAGUUUCAUUUAGUGGGGAUGAACGAAGAAAUAUCAUUGUAUGGAUGGAUCAUAGGGCUGUAAAACAAGCUGAAAGAAUAAAUUCACGGAGCUCACCAGUUUUACAGUAUUGUGGAGGGUCUGUCUCUCCUGAAAUGCAAGCCCCCAAGCUUUUAUGGGUAAAAGAAAACUUGAAAGAGUCCUGGUCCGUGGCCUUCAGGUGGAUGGAUUUAAGCGACUGGCUGGCAUAUAGAGCAACAGGUGAUGAUACUCGGAGUUUAUGUACAACUUCUUGCAAAUGGACUUACCUUGGACAUGCACACAUGCAGUCUGUCAAUGAGAAAGAUUCUCGUAACAUGGAAGCCUGCGGAUGGGAUGAUGAUUUUUGGGAGGAAAUUGGUUUGGGAGAUGUUGUCGAAGGAAAUCAUGCAAAAAUUGGUCGUAGUGUUGCUUUUCCAGGUUAUCCAUUGGGUUCUGGUUUGACACCUGCUGCUGCAAAUGAGUUAGGCCUGCUGACUGGAACGCCUGUGGGAACUUCACUGAUUGAUGCACAUGCUGGUGGUGUUGGUGUUAUGAACAGUUUGCCUGAUGCAGAUUUCCAGUCUGCUGAUAAGACAGAUAUAAGCCGUCGCUUGGUAUUAGUUUGUGGGACAUCUACUUGCCAUAUGGCCGUCUCAAAAGAUAGAUUAUUCAUUCCAGGGGUGUGGGGACCGUUCUGGUCAGCAAUGAUACCUGAGUACUGGCUUACAGAAGGUGGACAAAGUGCAACUGGAGCAUUGCUAGAUCAUAUUGUUGAGAACCAUGUUGUUGCCCCUCUUCUUGCUAAUAGGGCUGCUUCGCAAGGUAAAUCUGUGUAUGAAUUGUUGAACAAUAUCCUGGAAUCAAUGGUGCAGGAGCUAGAGGUUCCAUUUCUUGCUGCAUUGACUGAAGAGAUACAUGUGCUUCCCGAUUUCCAUGGAAACAGGUCACCGGUUGCGGAUGCAAAUUCAAAAGGUAUGGUUUGUGGUCUAACGCUAGACAGAAGUGAGAGACAGUUGGCCCUUCUUUACCUUGCCACAGUUCAGGGAAUUGCUUAUGGUACACGUCACAUUGUGGAACAAUGCAACUCUCAUGGGCAUAAGAUUGACACACUCCUUGCAUGUGGUGGAUUAGCCAAAAACCUACUGUAUAUCCAAGAGCAUGCAAAUAUAGUUGGUUUCCCUGUCAUUCUCCCGAGGGAAAAUGAGUCCGUGCUUUUGGGUUCUGCCAUUUUAGGAGCCGUUGCUGCUAAAAAAUACCCCACCCUUCAUGAUGCGAUGAGUGUGUUAAAUGCUGCGGGUCAGGUUAUCAAUCCUUUGGAGGAUCCAAGAGUGAAGAAGUAUCAUGAUAUCAAGUACCGGAUUUUCCGAUCUCUCUAUGAGCAGCAACUUUCCUAUCGAUCCAUGAUGGCUGAAGCCAUGCAGCAGCAAUAUAAGGUAUAGUGAUUUCUGCCUCCUUUCAAUUAAUCAAGUAAUGUGGCAGCAAUAAGAGUGUUGGGCUGCCUUCAUUUGUUGCAAAUCGCUUAUGUUAACCAUUUUUUUCCUAUUGCUACGAAUUAAGACUAAAUGUUAUCAUAUUGAUGUUGAAAUAAAAUUUGACACUUUGUUAA